GGAUAAGAUUCCUCUGCUCUUAACUAGAGCCUCAAAUUCUUUGGUUCGGGCUCUAUAAAUGGAGAAACUCCAACAAAGAGCGUUCCAUCCCUUAGUCGGGCUACUAGGUUUGGAAUACCCAUAAAAGAAUUAAAAAAAAAAAAAAAAAAAAAAAAAAAAAAGAUAGCACUCCACGGCAAAGUAAGUUUCUUCUUUGGCGCCAUACGCCCUAGUUGGUAGCCUAUGUUUGAGUUUUAAGCUUUUCAUUACUCGUUUACUGCAAGCAGCAAUUUGCUUCUUUUUAGUCAAAACAUGAACAUUUUCUUCCUUAACAAUGCCCGCUUAUGAACUAUCUAAACAACAUCCAUCUCCAAGUUCGACCCAACAACAGUUUCCAAAUAUGGAAAUGGUGCAUGUCCAUGGCAGAAAACUGCACCAAUAUGCGCCAACUCAAAUCCAUCCACGCUAUUUACAUAACCCUCGGUCUUCACCGCAACACUUACGCAAUUAGCAAACUCCUCGAUUUUUGUGCCCUCUCAAAUUCCAGCAGCAGCAACCUUAACUACGCCUCACGAAUAUUUUCACAAGUUCAAACACCCAAUACAUUCCUAUACAACACUCUUAUUAAGGCCCACUCUCUAAGCCCACAACCCGAAUUAUCCCUCCAUUACUUCAAUCAAAUGUUACAAACAAAUAAUAACGAUGUGGUACCUGAUAGUUUUACAUUUCCAUUUCUCCUUAUUGCUUGCGCUAAUGGUAAUUUGGAAGUGGAGGGCAAGCAAAUACACAGUUGGGUAAUCAAGAAUUCAUUUUCCGUGUCGAAUGCACAUGUGCAGACUGCAUUAAUUCGGUUUUACAUGAAUUGCAAAGAGUUGGGUAAUGCUCGUAAAGUGUUCGAUGAAAUUACUGACAUAGAUGUUAUUCAAUGUAAUGUUCUUAUGAGUGGGUAUCUUCAAUGUGGACAAGCCAAGGAAGCGUUGAGUAUUUUUCAAGAUAUGAUGGGUCGUGGAGUUAGUCCGGAUGAGUACUGUGUGACAACAGCACUCGCGGCGUGUGCUAAUUUAGGUGCACUUGAUCAAGGAAAAUGGAUUCAUGAGCAUGUUAUGAAGAGUGAGUGGGUUGAAUCUGAUGUUUUUAUUGGCUCUGCUCUUGUUGAUAUGUAUGCGAAGUGUGGGUGUAUUCAAAUGGCUUCUGAGGUUUUCGAGAGCAUGCCUACAAGGAAUAAGCAUUCAUGGGCAACAAUGAUUCGAGGGUUCGCUGUUCAUGGUCGUCCUGAGCUAGCAAUAAGCUGUUUGGAGAAAAUGCAAGUGGUUGAUGGGCUUAAGCCUGAUGGCGUUGUCGUUCUUGCAGUGUUAGCAGCAUGUGCACAUGCAGGGCUUCAGAAAGAAGGCGAGUUUUUGUUGGAAAAGAUGGAAUCUUUAUACGGUGUUGCACCGGAACAUGAGCAUUUCAGUUGUGUAGUGGACUUGUUAUGCAGGGCUGGACGAUUGGAUGACGCACUUGAGCUUAUUAGAAGGAUGCCAAUGAAACCGCGGGCCUCAGUUUGGGGGGCGUUGUUGAGUGGUUGCCGAAAUCACAAUAAUGUAAAUCUUGCAGAACUUGCUGUCAAAGAGAUUUUGUUGGUAGAAGAUGGCAAUGAAGCUGAAGAGGAUUCUGCUUAUGUUCAGUUAUCAAAUAUACAUUUGGCAGCUCGACAAUGUGACGAUGCACGUCAAAUUAGGAGGAUGAUUGGUGACAGAGGGCUCAGGAAGACACCUGGUUACAGUGCAGUUGAGAUUGACGGGAUUGUUAAUGAGUUUGUGUCUGGAGAUGUCUCCCAUGCAUGUCUAGCUGACAUACAUGUGGCUCUAGACUUGAUAUAUGUUGAUCCCGAUUUCAGCAACCUAAUAUAGCAUAAGCAAGUUUACUUCUGUGCCACAAAUGAUAUAAUGAAUAUGGGACAACAUAUUGUUCUACCCUCCCCAGACUCCACCUGUGGGAUUACAUUGGGUAUGUUGUUGUUUUUGGGAGAGCAUAUUGUUGUAUGGGGCAUUCAACUAUUAUUUGGAGAUCAAUAACUGUAAUGGAUCACAUCAAUCAAACAAAAUCUGAAGAAAAUACCAAGGCACGAAUCCGACAGGAUACUACUGCCCAGCAGUUGUUUUUACACUGACCAUUGGAAAGCAUGGAACUUGGAGCAAGUAAACAAGUAUGGAUUGUUGUAAACUUCUAAUGAUAUUCGUGCUGCACUAAUAAAUCUACUAUUUCUCAACCCAAUUUUGCAUCGUUCUAGCCUCACUAAUUACUUAUCUAGA